AACUGCAGAAGUAUCAAGAAAAAAGAAGGAAAGGAGACAAAAGCUGAAGAGGUACCUGCUGAUCGGUUUGGCAACCGUUGGGGGCGGAACAGUGAUCGGCUUGACGGGGGGUCUUGCUGCCCCUCUGGUUGCUGCAGGAGCUGCUACUAUCAUUGGAAGUGCUGGAGCAGCUGCUUUAGCUUCGACUGCUGGAAUUGCUGUCAUGGCAUCUCUUUUUGGAGCAGCUGGAGCUGGCCUUACUGGAUACAAGAUGAAGAAGCGUGUGGGAGCCAUCGAAGAGUUUGAAUUCCUCCCACUUACUGAAGGGAAGCAGCUUCAUAUCACCAUAGCAAUUACUGGAUGGCUGUGCGCUGGCAAAUAUGGGAGCUUCACAGCACCAUGGAGCAGCAUGCUGCAAUCGAGGGAGCAGUAUUGUCUGGCCUGGGAAUCCAAGUACUUGAUGGAGCUUGGCAGCGCCUUAGAUUCCCUGCUGAAUGGUUUUGUGAACAUGAUGGCUCAAGAAGCCCUAAAAUUCACUGUCUUGUCAGGUAUUGUGACAGCCUUGACCUGGCCAACUUCGCUCCUGACCGUUGCCAAUGUCAUUGACAACCCCUGGGGCGUGUGUCUCCAUCGCUCUGCUGAAGUAGGCAAACACCUCGCACGUAUCCUGCUCAGUCGACAGCAGGGCAAGCGACCUGUCACACUGAUCGGCUUCAGUCUGGGUGCAAGAGUCAUUUACUUCUGCCUGCAGGAGAUGGCUGAAGAAAAAGAUUCUCAAGGGAUCAUUGAAGAUGUGGUCUUACUGGGAGCUCCAGUAGAAGGAGAAGCCAAGUACUGGAAAGCUAUCACAAAAGUGGUGUCAGGCAAGAUCAUAAAUGGUUACUGCAGGGGAGACUGGCUGCUGCGGUUUGUCUACAGAACCUCUUCUGUCCAGAUCAAUGUUGCAGGCCUCCAGCCAGUCGACCUGGAUGACAGGAGGAUGAUAAACAUGGACCUUUCGUCUGUAGUAAACGGCCACCUGGACUACAUGAAGCAAAUGGACACGAUCCUAAAAGCUGUGGGCAUUAAAACCAAGGAGUGUCGGCUGGAAGAGAAGGGCAGCAGCAGCCUUUUCUGCCCUCUAGCCAAGAAAUCAGAGCGGGCAGCAGGCAGCGAGACUCGGGAAGAGGAAAACACCACGCAAGAGGAGGAUGUGGCUGAUGGUGAAGCUCUCCCAUCCAGCCGUGCUCACCUCUGUGAUUCUCCCGGCUGUCUUUUGGGAGAAACCUCACUCCCCUGCUCAGACUGUUCACACAGCGGGGACAGCAGGACACAGGCAGCGAGUGAAGGACCAAAUUAG